GAAAAGCAUAAAAAUUGAAAGAACCGAUAGUAUAAAUUCAUCUUUUUGACAAGCCAGCAAAAGAUUAAGAAAUCAUUCUUUUUACUUAAAAAUGUGGAUUGUUAUUUUCAUUUAUUUAUCAUUGAUAGAGAACUUAUUAUUUACUUCAGCUAAACUUGAUGAUCGUGGUCGACAAAUGAACUCAUGGUCGAGCUCAAACGUUUCACUAGUUGGUUCAACAGGUAACCUAACGUGUUAUGAAUGUUUAAAUUGUGGGAGCUUAAUUAAUGGUACGAAAAAAGUGAAGGGAUGUGGUGCUUGUGUGAAAAUUGUUUCCAAGAUAAAUAAAGGACAGUUACUGAGAUCGUGUGAUGUUUCUUGUAAGAAUAUUCCGUCCAUGAUAGAUGCAGAAAUUUAUUGUUGUGAAACCGAACUAUGUAAUUCAAUGUUCAAAUUCACUGUAAACUUUAAAUUCAUUUUUCUAUUCGCUUUUAUUUCUAUUGUUACAACAUGUUUCAGAAAGUUGUAAUAAACACUUUAAGUGCUGAGUGCACAUAGUAAUGAUUUUAUCUAACCAUUGAGUUAACUUUAGUAAAGAAAA